CACGCAACCCGAUCUCUGUACCCACCCACUCCCCGCCUUUUGUUUCAGUUCUUUCUUGUGCGAGUCUUCCUGGUUGCGAAGAGCCAGAGAAUCGCUCGAUCCAUUCGGCUACAAGCAGAGAGAGUUUCUGGUCCGGUCUCUGAUGUUGCAUUUCUGAUACCUUCGUGCUUCCAGGAUGCAUAUAAAGCAGGUUAUCAUCGAAGGUUUUAAGAGUUACAAGGAGGAGGUCUCUACCGAGCCCUUCAGCCCCAGAGUUAACUGCGUUGUGGGCGCUAAUGGUUCUGGAAAGACAAACUUCUUUCAUGCUAUUCGGUUUGUCUUAAGUGAUCUCUUUCAGAACUUGCGCAGUGAUGAUAGACAUGCUCUUCUCCAUGAAGGCGCUGGUCAUCAAGUGGUGUCUGCUUUUGUUGAGAUAGUUUUUGACAAUUCUGACAACCGCAUCCCUGUUGAUAGAGAGGAGGUGCGAUUGCGACGGACAAUAAGUCUUAAAAAGGAUGAAUAUUUUUUGGACGGGAAGCAUAUCACUAAGACUGAAGUAAUGAAUUUGCUUGAGAGUGCUGGUUUCUCUCGCUCAAACCCAUACUAUGUUGUUCAACAAGGGAAGAUUGCUUCGCUUACAUUAAUGAAGGAUUCAGAACGCCUUGAUCUACUGAAGGAGAUUGGUGGGACUCGUGUGUAUGAGGAGAGAAGACGUGAGAGCUUGAAGAUUAUGCAAGAAACCGGCAACAAGAGGAAACAAAUUGAUCAAGUUGUUCAGUAUUUGGAGGAGAGAUUAAGAGAACUUGAUGAAGAAAAGGAAGAGCUUAAAAAAUAUCAGCAGCUUGAUAAGCAACGAAGAUCACUAGAAUAUACUAUUUAUGAUAAAGAACUUAGUGGUGUCAGGCAGAAGCUGGGUGAGAUUGAGGAAUCAAGAAACAAAGUCUCUGAGAAGUCAUCUAAUAUGCACAAUCGUGUGCUAGAAGCUCAUGAAAACCUUAAAUUAUUGGAGAAACAAUCCAAGAUUUUGACAAAAGAAUUGCAAAGUUUGAACAAAGAGAAAGAAGAGAUAGAGAAAAAGCGAACUGAAGCUUUAAAGAUGCACACACAAAUUGAACUUGAUCUAAGGGAUGUAGAAGAGAGACUUGCUAGUGAUAUUCGUUCAAAGGAAGAAGCUGCAAGACAGUUGGAGAGUCUACGGAAGGAGAUUCAGGAGUCUCGAGAUGAGCUGAAUACAAUCAGGCCCUUACACCAGUCAAAAGUAGCCGAAGAGGAGGAGAUUACCAAAGGUAUAAUGGAGCGUGAGAAGCAGUUGAGUAUUUUGUACCAGAAACAAGGACGGGCUACACAGUUUGCUAAUAAAGCUGCUCGUGAUAAAUGGCUUCAGAGAGAGAUUGAUGAUCUUGAUCGUGUGCUAUCAUCAAAUGUGUCACAGGAGAAAACACUUCAGGAUGAAAUAGAACAACUUAAGGAGGAGGAAAGAAAGUUAGAGACAUAUAUAAGGAAACGUAAAGUGGAAUCUGAAAAGCAAGAACUAUUGAUAACCAACUUACAAGAUGAUUCUGAUCAUUUGUGUAAACAGAGAGAUGAGUUGCAAGAUUUGAGGAAAUCCUUGUGGAGUGAAGAAGCAAAUCUCUCAGCUGAAAUUGAUAAACUUAAAUCUGAACUUAUAAAGGCACAGAAGAGCCUUGACCAUGCUACACCUGGUGAUAUCAGAAGGGGAUUGAAUUCUGUGAAUAGGAUUAUUAAAGAUCACAAUAUUAAAGGAGUUUUUGGGCCAAUAUUGGAGUUGGUUGAAUGUGACUCCAAAUUCUUUACUGCUGUUGAAGUCACUGCUGGAAAUAGCCUAUUUCAUGUGGUGGUUGAGACAGAUGACAUAUCAACAAGGAUUAUAAGAUACCUAACUUCAGAGAAAGGUGGAAGAAUAACUUUUAUACCACUAAACAGGGUGAAAGUUCCACAUAUAACCUAUCCACAAAGUUCUGAUGUUGUACCACUAUUGAAAAAAUUGAAAUUCCGAUCUGAUUGUGCUUCUGCUGUAGAACAGGUAUGUAUUUUGACUGGUAUCACACAGAUUGACCAGGAAAUUACCAAAUUGGUUAGCGAACAACAAAAAAUAAAUGCUCACCAUGGUCAUGUCAAGUCAGAGUUGAAGCAACUACAAAGUGACAUUGCUAAUGUUACUAAGCAGAAGCAGUCAAUCUGUAAAGCUGUUGAAAAGAAGGAAAAAUUACUUGCGAAUGCCCAUAACCAAAUUGUUCAGAUACGAGCUAGUAUCUCAAUGAAACAAGCUGAAAUGGGCACUGAGCUCAUUGAUCAACUAACACCAGAAGAAAGAGAUCUUCUUUCAAGAUUAAACCCUGAAAUAACAGAAUUGAAAGAGAGGCUACUGGCUUGUAAAAAUAACAGAAUAGAGAUUGAGACCCGAAAGGAGGAAUUGGAAACAAAUUUGUCAACAAACCUUGUAAGAAGACUGCAAGAGUUGGAGGGCAUAAUUUUAUCCGCAGAUUCUGACACUUUGCCUAAGGAAGCUGAAUUGAAGAGGCUGGAGCUAAAGAAUUCAGAAGUUUCUAUUGAUAAGCUGUACAAGCAACUUGAAGGUGUUUUGAAAAACAUCGAUAAUGUCACACAGAAGAUGUUGGAGAUUAAAACUUCAAAAGAAAACCGAAAGAUGCUCGAGGAAAAAUAUGAGCGCACACUUCAAGAUGAAGCUAAGGAGUUGGAACAACUUUUGAGCAAAAGGAAUAUCCUUGUGUCAAAACAAGAGGAUUUCAUGAAGAAAAUCCGGGAUUUAGGUUCAUUGCCAUCUGAUGCCUUUGACACAUAUAAGAGGAAAAACAUCAAAGAAUUGCAGAAAUUGCUUCAUGCGUGUAAUGAACAAUUAAAGCAGCUUAGCCAUGUCAACAAGAAGGCACUUGACCAGUAUAUAAACUUCACAGAGCAACGUGAACAACUACAGAAUAGACGAGCUGAACUUGAUGCUGGUGAUCAGAAAAUUCGGGAGCUAAUUGCAGUGCUGGAUCAGCGAAAGGAUGAAUCAAUAGAGAGGACAUUCAAAGGUGUAGCAAGACAUUUUAGAGAAGUUUUUUCUGAGCUGGUGCAAGGUGGCCAUGGAUACUUGGUCAUGAUGAAAAAAAAGGAUGGUGAUCCUGGUGACGAUGAUGUUGGUGAGGAUGGACCUGAUCCAGAGGGGCGAGUAGAGAAAUAUAUUGGUGUCAAAGUGAAGGUUUCCUUCACUGGCCAAGGCGAGACCCAGUCUAUGAAGCAACUUUCUGGUGGUCAGAAAACUGUAGUUGCUUUGACAUUAAUCUUUGCCAUCCAGCGGUGUGAUCCUGCUCCAUUUUAUUUGUUUGAUGAGAUUGACGCAGCAUUAGAUCCACAAUACAGAACUUCCGUUGGAAAUAUGAUACAACGUCUUUCUCACAAUGCAAGCACUCAGUUUAUAACUACCACAUUCCGUCCAGAGCUCGUGAAAGUUGCUGACAAGAUCUACGGUGUCACACACAAGAACAGAGUCAGCCAUGUUAACGUGGUCACAAAGGACGAGGCUCUUGAUUUUAUUGAGCAAGACCAAACUCAAAAUCCCGAGUGAAGUAUUAGCGAUAUGAUGGGAGCAAAGCCACAAGCUCAACUAAUCGAAAAUAGUGGAACCAAAUUAAAUGCAUUAAUUAGGAAACAUGUAUCAGAUGCAGUUAGCCCCAUUUACCUAGGCCUAGAUGUUUGUUGUACUUGUAUGAAUGUCAGGUGUCACAGAGCUAACUUCUGCUACCAUGUACUUAAGCUGUUACAUAACUUGAGUCUCCUAAAACUCUACGACAGACCGAGAUUCUUAUA